CCAACGGGCGCGCAGGGAUGUGGGGAUAAAGCGCGGCCCCGCGAACAGUUGCGGCGGGGCGGAGAGCGUGACUCGUCCGCUCCGGCGCCGCUGGUUCCCGCCGCGCGUCUCGCCGCCGCCAGCGCCGCGCAGCCAUGUCCGAGGAGAAGCCCAAGGAGGGAGUGAAGACGGAGAAUGACCACAUCAACCUGAAGGUGGCUGGGCAGGAUGGUUCUGUGGUGCAGUUCAAGAUCAAGAGGCACACCCCCCUGAGCAAGCUGAUGAAGGCCUACUGUGAGAGGCAGGGCUUGUCAAUGAGGCAGAUUCGAUUCAGAUUUGACGGGCAACCAAUUAACGAAACAGACACUCCUGCGCAGCUUGAGAUGGAGGACGAGGACACCAUCGACGUGUUCCAGCAGCAGACCGGGGGCGCUGCCUCCCGAGGGACCGGCUUCCUCUUCACGCCUGCUGCCACGCCUCCCGUCGUCCCCGCGUGUGCUGCGGAAUGGUGAGCGCUGCCCUGCGUCGGCGGAGUCAAGGACAGUCAUGGAAGCGGUUCUCCGGAGCGCGCCGAGCACACCCAGAACUCUCUGCGGGGAUGCAGGACAUCGGAUUGCUUUCAUUGUUUAGCCGAAAUGAGUUCAGGUUUUGGGGUUGGUUUUUGUUUUUCCUUUUUUUCUUUCUCUCAGAUGUUUUUCUCCCCAGCUUGGGGCUGAGUGCUGGCUCCCAGUCUGAGGCCAGCGCCCUGCAUUGUCCCCUCGGCCUGGCCCAGUGUCGGGG